UACUCGAACAGGCAGGCGGCACACGUUUUCCGUCAUCUCUCAGUUCUCAUCGCGGCUACUGGAAGCAGGGAGCCCAGGAUCGGCACGACAUCCUCGUGUCCCCUCGGGCAGCGACUUGAUUCGGUUUUCCUGUUUCGAUUUCCCUUCCCCUGCCUCGUCUCCUCUGCUUGGCUUCCGUGAGAUCGCCGACAACCAUCUUCAUUUCACCUUCCUUGUACCCUCGUUUCUACCCCUCCCUUUCUUGAAUCGCGUCUCUGCGCUUGCCCAGGUUUAACUCGUUAAGCUCCUCCUCUGUUGCAUCCGACGGUGGUUUGGUUCGGGUGCUCUUGUACUUGUAGAAGGACCACAUGGAUAGGCGGAGAUGGGUCGUCAAAGCGGCGGCGGCUGUGGUGCUCCUGCUGCUGUCCACCACUUCUCAUGGAGGAGCAAGAACAGAACCCAGUGUCAAGAACAAUGAGCAGCAAUUUGUUUUUAACUAUACUCUAGCCAAGGUUGUUGUGGAAUACGCUUCAGCUGUAUAUAUGACAGACCUAACGGCUUUAUAUACAUGGACAUGCUCAAGAUGCAAUGAUUUGACUCGAGGCUUUGAGAUGAGAUGUAUAAUUGUUGAUGUCCAGAAUUGCUUGCAGGCAUUCGUUGGUGUUGAUCACAAUCUCAAUGCUAUCAUUGUUGCAAUCAGAGGGACUCAAGCGAACAGCAUACAGAAUUGGAUUAAGGACAUGGUAUGGAAGCAGGUUAAUCUUCACUAUCCAAAUUUGCCCAAUGCAAAGGUCCACACUGGGUUUUACUCUUCUUAUCACAAUACACUUUUACGUCCAGCCAUCAAGAAUGCUGUUCGCAAGGCAAGGAAGCUAUAUGGAGAUAUUAACAUAAUAGUUACAGGGCAUUCGAUGGGAGGAGCAAUCGCUUCUUUUUGUGCACUUGAUCUUGCUAUCAACUUUGGAAGUAGCAAUGUUCAUCUGAUGACUUUUGGGCAACCGCGUGUUGGCAAUGCUGCUUUUGCCUCCAACUUCGCCAAAUAUGUACCCAAUACAAUUCGAAUGACGCAUGAACGUGAUAUUGUGCCUCAUUUGCCCCCACAUUUCUUCUUCCUCCCAAAACUGACAUAUCGCCACUUCCCCAGAGAGGUAUGGGAACAUGAUGUUGAUGGCAAGACAAUCUUUCAAGUCUGCGAUGGCAGCGGUGAAGAUCCAAAUUGUUGCAGAAGUGUGUUUGUACUGUUCUGGAGUGUUUCUGACCAUUUAACCUACAUGGGAGUUAGUAUAGCGUCGGAUCACUGGAGCACCUGCAGAAUCGUCCUGGGGCGAGGUUUUGAGCAACUCCAAAUGGAUCUCGCCAGCAACAUUGUUAUGUCAGAACACUCCGUUGAUUUAGUCAUUGCAGAUCAUAGUGUGAAGAUUGAUUGAUGCAUUUCAGGCUUGCGAUUCAUAAUCAAUGCAUAUAAGCCGGUUUUCAUUAUUGUUACGUUAAAAGAUGCGUGCUUCGAACCGAAGAAACGGUUUUCCCUUUUGCUUUCUGUUUCUUUCAUGGAUAGAAAACUGAUAUUAUGGGUCUAUUUGUUUGGUUUC